AUGUCUGAGUACUCGUACUCUUCUCGCGAUUCGUCGCGCUCGCGUUCCAAGGCGCACCACCACGGUGGCGGGCCAGCGCACAGUCCCGGCGGCGCCCCGUUCUACGCGUCUGGAGGUUACGCGGCAAGCACGACCAGCUUCAACAGCGUGCAGCAGCAAGGUGUCGGCGGCGCGCCGUACACGACGACGUCGCCGCAUGUUACUCCCUCGGCCGUUCCUUCUCCUCGCAUCGAUACCAACGUACAACAACACAACCCGUACCCAACCACCCACAUCCAGCGCGACAGCACAACCUCCUUCGGGUCAUCCAUCGACGGCCGCUCGACCUACUCUUCCUCGCCCACCUCGUACAGCCCCUCGCCGCACACGCCUUACAACUCCUCUCCGCUCAACCCAAACCGCGCGCCACCCAUGGUCCGCGCUAACACGGAUGUUCCCGGUAUGAGGCGCCAGGAAGACGGUUCGUACUACGUGGACCGCUCGGACGACGACGAGCGCAGUCAGCGCCGUGCGCGCAGGAAGGAAGAGAAGCCCCGUCGCUCUAGGAGUCACUCGGACGUGCGCUCUGCCUACAGCAACAGCGACGCCGGCUCGACCUACAGUGCGCACAUCCCGCCCGUGCCCGCUGUUCCCGCGCAAUAUGUCUCCGGCUCGCAUGCCUCCAUCAGCUCUUCGAACUUCGGUGAGCCUGAGACGCCGCGCGCGCAGGCGUUCAGCGCUCUGGAGGGGCGUAACCCGCAUGCGUCGAGUCAUCAUAAGAAGUCUACGAGGGCUGGGUCUAGAAAGGAGAGGGAUGGCGAUGGCGAGUCGCGCUACGGCGGUGGCUCGGACGCCGGGUCGCUUAGGAGCCACAAGUCGUCUGGGUCGAAGCGCGCGAAGUCCGUCGCGAGCUCGACGCGGAGCCGCGCGCCGCCUUCGAUUGCCGGGUCGCACCAUGCGCCGUCGGUUGCGGGGUCGCAGUAUGCGGCUUCGCAGUACGCGCUGCAGCCAUACGUGGCCCCCGUGCAGCAUUUGACGGCGGGGCAGACGCCGGUACCGCCGCCGCCGCCACCGGGGUCGAACUACUCUUACGGCCAGUUAUCUCCGAGUGUGCAUCAUGCCCAGCUUGCGGCCGCUCAGCAGCAGUUCUCACAAGCCCAGCAAGCUGCCAACGCUGCGAGUUCUGCUUAUCACCUGGCUUAUACCCACCAGGUAGGGGUCUCGCAGACCCCAGGGUCAAACACGACCAACGUCGGAACGAACGUCAACUACUUCAUCAACGCCAACUCUCCCGAGGAUGCGAUUAAGAUUGGCAAGGAGCUUAGGAAGUUGGAUAAGCAGGAGUCGAAGAGCGCUGCGUCGCUCUUCAAGAACGUGCUCCUCAAGACUUUCGACAAGUAG